AUGGCGAAAUCAAGCUUGGCGAAAUCGGCUCGAAUUGUAUUUGGAGCCUUGGCUUUCGGCUGGCUCGCGAUAGAGCUCGCGCUCAAGCCGUGGCUCGUCAAGGCCCGAUCCUCCAUGAAUGAUUUUCGACCCGACUGA